AAUAAAGCCCUUCCAGUCAUUUCUUGUUUAUUUUUUUCUUUAAUAUUUUAAGAAAAAUGCUCUAUGCAGGAGAUUUUGAGCCAUGUUAAAAAAAGAGUGGACAAUUCGUUGUUUUUUUUCAACUUAUCUUGAAAACUAAACCUUUUCUAUUUGGUCGACUAAAAAUUUCAAAUUGGAAUAUGUGCUCCUACACGAACCAACAAUAUAAAAUUGCUUUUUUUGUGAUUCAUUGUAACGAAGCCAUACAGGCCGAGAUGAGAUUUAAUUUAACUUGUUGAAGCAAACAUCUCUAGUCUAGCUGUCCCAUGCAAGUGAAAAGUAUUAUUGCAAAGCUCAGUCAAAAGAAUUGUUUUCCAAAAAUUUAUCGUUUCAUUUGAUACUAAUUAAUACUUAUUAUUUUUCUGAAAUAUUAUUAAUCUGUUAUUAAUAGAUAAGACAAAUUUGUCUAUGAAGUUUAUUAAGGGAGAAAAAUUCUAAUAUAGGAUACACAGACUUCACAUUUUUAAUGCUUAUUUAUCAUUCAUAUAUUUUAUUUGAUGAUCAACACCUACACCCUAAAAGGCUUUAUAGAAAUUGUAAUUUUCAAGCUCGUGUGUUUAUUGUGAGAACAUCCAUCGACUUCCCUCUUUCCACCCACACACAAUUAAAGCUCCGUGUGCGAUGGUGCCAAAGUUUGGCAGAUCCUUUUGUGUUCUGCAGCCUGCCACGGAGGCUUCUUGCAGGACACGCAAUUCAAUAAUCAUAAUCAAAAUGUAUAAAUAAAAGUAGACCAGGUGUCACACUGGAAUAUUAGAAAGGCAAAAAAUUACUCCAGGCACCAUUAUGCAAAAUAAUUUGGCAUUUUUUUUUGUCCCGCACGAGUCUCAAUUAAAUUCAGUCCCUCCCAAAUAGAGCUUACGGGCUGAGCAAGUGGCCGUUGGUUCCAUAAAUGGGGGGACAACUUUUUUUAAAUGCUGCUUUCGAAAGUGGGAUGAAUUUUCUUUAUUCAGCUUGUUGCACACGCACAAGCGAGCAGGUCAGUGUUUUUUAUUCCACCGAUGCGCCUUGAGAAAAAUAACCUGCAAUCGAUCAAAAACUAGCGUUAUUCGGAGAAGAAUAUAGAACCUUUUAUCGUCUCAUUAGGAUUUCUUGCAAUGGCUUGUGUGGAUGACCUUUUCGCCAGCAGCAGCCAGGAAACUAUUUACGCUGCUCCGGACAACGCAGAAGCCUCUCUCAUGCUGGAGGCUCUGAAGCUCCCUCCAGAAGCAGAACCCAGUCAGCCCCGCUUCUGCCACUUCUGUCCCGAGUCCUUUAAUGAUGCAGACCAACUGGAGGCACAUCUUCGGGGGCAGCACGCAACCCAACUGAGCCGCCUCCAGCGCCUCGAUGUACUAAGAAUGCGCUGCUGUCCUCUGUGUCCUGCUAGAUUCUUCGAGCAGGAGUUGCUGCCUCCGCACCUUUUGCAGGAACACAGUGCAGAACUUGGACGUCUUUUUCGUGGGCGAACCGCCCCUGAUCAAAAACUAGCCUGUCCUUUCUGUGAUUAUAAGGUUCUUGCUGCGUUUGGAGACCUUCUGAGUCACCAUGUUGAUGAGGUACACAUUUCAGAGUUACAGCAGUACUUGGUUCAACAACCCGCAGCGUCUUCCGAUGACGACCAUGGAGAUGAGCCCAUUCACACUUUUAUCGAAGAUACGCCUGUAAAAACCUCGUGCUUCGGGCCCAGCAGGAAAAAAACUCCGUUCACGUGCAGCACGCCAAUCGCUCCCUCCAGACAAACACACGGAGACUUUAGGUGUGGUUCUUGCGACGUUUUCUUUGAAUCUGACUGCGAUCUGGUGGCACAUGUGAAACGGAAGCAUAACAAAGUCAAGGCAUUGAUGCGGCCUCUCUAUGGGUGUGGCGUCUGCUCAGCAGUGUUUUACAGAAACAGCUUUGUCCAAAGACACCAUAGAUUACACCACACUCAAUUGGACUGAAAAGAGCAUAGUUAACCAAUCUACGCAAUAAUGGAAAUUUUACACUAGCAUAAAUUUAUGCUCUAAUUUUCGUCUUAUGCUUGAUUGCAGGAAUCAGUCAAGAUAUGUUGUUCAUACUUUCUUGUUUAAAUUACUAUAAUUUUUACCACUGCAAAGCCAAAGUCAAAAAAUUUUUAACAAUCCUAUGUAAGAAGACUACCAAAUUAUAUUAAACCGAAUAGUGAACAGUUUCAAAUGGAAUUAAAAAACUUUUUUUUUGUGAGAGCCUCUCAAUAUAAAUUUCCUCUUAAUAUAGAAAAAUUUAGCCAGAAAUCAAGCACAUUAUUGUUGUGGGUUGGGCGAGUUCUUAAAAUAAUA